AUGGGUCAAGACUAUUACAACAUUCUGGGAGUUAGCAAGGACGCAGACGACGAGGCUCUUAAGAAAGCCUAUCGUAAAUUAGCAUUGAAAUGGCAUCCGGAUAAAAACAAAGAAGCAAACAGAGAGGAGGCAGAAAAGAAAUUCAAAGAGAUAAGUGAAGCAUAUGAGGUGUUGAGCGAUAAAAACAAACGACAGAUAUAUGAUGUGUAUGGUGAAGAGGGCCUCAAAGGCGGCGCUCCUCCUCCAACAUCCGAUGGUGCUAGUGGAUUCCCUGGUGGGUUCCCCGGUGGAUUUUCUGGUUUUCAACAAUUUCGUCCUGGUGGCAGCACUACAUUCACAUUUAAGACAGGUGGACAAGCCCAGGAGGCGGUUGUCAGAUAUCCUAUCCCGCUCGAAGAUCUCUAUAAAGGCGCAUCAAAGCGAUUGAAAGUGAAGCGUAAGCUGCUCGACGCGAGUACCAAAAGACAAGUACCUGCAGAGGAAGAAUUGGUUAUUCCAAUCAGACCCGGACUUAAGGCGGGGUCGAAAAUAAGGUUUCCCAACAAAGGAGAUGAGUUGCCUAAUGGAGAAGUGCAAGAUCUGGUUAUUGUUAUCGAGGAAAAGCCGCAUAGCGUGUUCCAACGUGAUGGGGAUGACUUGAGGAUGGUUAUAAAGUUAAAACUUGUUGAAGCUUUGUGUGGCUUUGAGAAGAAAAUUGAGACUUUAGACGGAAGGAAAUUGCUUAUCACAAACAAGUCUGUAAUCGCCCCUGGUCUUGAGCAGGUAAUCCAUAAUGAGGGAAUGCCCACGAAAUCAGGAGAGAAAGGAAACUUGAUUGUGAAAUAUGAAAUUGAGUUCCCGGCAAGACUGACUGACGAACAAAAAGCAGAGUUGAAGAGAAUUUUAACACGAUAG